AUGACGUUGACUCAAGAAUUUCAACAAUCAAAUGAUCUAUUCGUGAUCGCCAUCGAUCCGAAUAUUGACUUUUAUAGUUCAUUAUCGAAGCUUCCAAGAUUGAUUCCAAUCAUCGCUGCCAAAUUUCCAACUGAAGGAACGCAUGGCGUUUGGCCUGAAUAUCUAAUUCGUCGAGAUGGUCGUUGUGGAUUUAAAGCUAAAUUUGGAAAGGAAUGGUUUGAAUGUCGUGUCGAAAACGAGGGCACGAAAAAAGAAUGCGAAACAGCUCAGGAAUCACUUGAAAUUGAAAAACCAACGUCUGCUGGUAAUAAACAAUGGUCUUCAGCCGAAACCGAACUAUCUGAUAAUGAUGAUAGUAGUAUCGAAAGUGGCGGUGAUGAAAAACAAAACUGUGAAAUGAUUGAUACGGCGAGCAAAAUGAAACAUAACAAUAAUACUAAAACAUCUAGUGGAAAGGCUGUAGAUGAUUCAAGUGACGACGAAGCUGUAUUAAUGGAGGAAAUCAAUAAGUCAAUUAGCAAAAAACGCGAUCAUCAUUUUAAUGCUGGAUCAAAAGCGAAAAAAUUGAAAACUGGUGUUAUUGUCGAAUCUUGUAAUGAAGAAGUAUCAUCAUCAUCACCAUUGACAAAUGCAUCGGUGUUACUAAAUAUUCAAAGUGACUUGUCAGAAGUUCGAAAUGAAGUGAUCGAAUUAAAAAAAAUGGUUCUCAAGUUAUAUGCAUCUCAUAAACGAUCAUUGAAUAUAAACAAACACAAUGAUCCAGUUCCAUCGACGUCUGAAUCUUUGAUUGUAAAUGGUAUUAACUUAUUGACAUUAUCUGGAACGACAGCGAGUCGAUAUAUGCUAGCAGCCGCACGUGUUGUUCUAACACAGGAACAGUAUGAAAACGGUUACUUGCCGGAUUUCCGAGGUGACAAGGAAAAUCGUGUCGAAAUUGAACAAGACCGAGUUGAUAAAUUACGAGAAGCUGUACAAAAGAAAUUCGGCUAUAAAACAGAAGAUAUGGAUAGUAUAUGGAAUAACAUUCGAACAAGUCUUGUUCAAAAAGUUAGCGACGUUAGAAAAAGCAAAAAACGCGUGAGUCAAAAACAACAACAACAAGAUUACACAUCUCCAUCAAACAACGAUAUUAAUCCUGGUUCUGUUGUGUCAAAUUCACAAAUAGAGAUGUCUCAUAAAUCAGCACAAGAUAUUUUAAACGAAAACUUACGCCGCCGUCGAAAAAAAACUAAUCAACAAGCUGUCAGACGUCUUGCAGUCAAAAGAAAGCGGUCACUUGUCUCUCUUCUUUCGGCAUCAUCGAUUUCAUCAAAUUGCCUUGAUCAAGAUACAUCAGAACAAACGGCCAAUGAUGAAAAGCCAAAAUCGUAUGAAAAUGAAAGUUUUACGGCAAUGUCAUCCUCGUUGUUUUGCAAUACGUUUGACGAUGAAGGUUUAAAUUUGUUAAGCGAUAAUAAAAAUGACUUUGGUGUUGAUGGAUCUUCUUCUUCAUCACCAAAUAAUUCAAGUGACAGCUCAAGUGAUCCUGAUGAGUUAGACAUGAUAAACAUAACGAACUCAAACUUCUCUGAUCAUCGACCCCUUCAUUCGUGUGCAACAACGACAGUUUCGGAUUUUGCUGUUGAUAUUCUUCAAUUUUGUCGUAUCUCACAUUUGCCCGAUAAACAACGUACUGAACUCCUUAAAAUUUUUUACAAAUAUAUUCCGUCACCGAAUCUUGUGCCAAAAUCAAGCGAUGAUCUUUUAGAAGCUGUUGGCAUCACAAAAUUAUAUACAUUGGAAAAGCUAUGUGGUGCAUGUUAUCAGUUCUCAAAAAAUGGAGUUUGCUCAACACGUAACUGCGUUCACGAGUCAAUGAGAAUUCCAUCUGAUGAUAUGGUGGAAAUUAUUACAUUUGAUUUAGCUGAACAAUUAAAAUUCUUGGUCAAUAAUAAUCUUGAUAUUUUGCAAGAAUAUCAAAAUCAAGCACGAUUACGAACAACAUUUGAUUCCUGUGAUAUUGUUCGAGGUGAAGUUUAUCAAUCAAUCCUGGGCAAUCACGCAGAAUUCUUCAUAUCAGUCAUGAUUCAUAGCGAUGGAAUUCCACUGUAUAAAUCUAAAAAUUGUAACGCAUGGCCCAUAUUAGGUGCUGUUUUGGAACUUCCUCCGUUUGCUCGAUCUCGUGCGGACAAUACUCUUCUUCUGGCAAUUUGGGUGGGCAAACAAAAGCCAAACUUCAAUCUUAUAUUUGAAAAAUUAUCUACGCCAAUAUGUGAUCUUAAACAUCGAGGUAUUCAAACAAAUCACAAUCGAACAAUUAAAGUUCUUUUCCCCAUUCUUAUGGGUGACAUGCCGGCGUUAUCUUCUAUGGUUAAAUUUGUCGAACCUAAUGCUUACUACGCAUGUAUGUUUUGCAAUACGAAAGGAAUUUAUAGCAACGAUGGACAUUGCGUAACAUAUCCUUUUGACGACGAAGCUGAACUCAGGACGAACGAGAAAUUAGAAGAAUGCGCUCACUUAGCUGCUUCUAUGUUCACACGAUUAGAUCGAGAGAGAACGAAGGGUUUCAAAGGAGUAAGUGCUUUUUCUAAAAUCCUCGACGUUCCUUUACCAUACUCAGUUGUCAUUGAUCCAAUGCACACAGUAUUUUUAUGCCAUUCAAAGAAAUUUCUUAUUCAAUUGCAAAAUUUUAUAAGCAAAGAAAAUAUGUUAAAAAUUAAUGCAAAACUUCGAUCAAUUAAUUAUAUUCAUGACAUACUUCGUCGACCGCGUUCAUUCUCCAAUGUACAAAAAUGGAAAGCAUCAGAAAUAAGAUUGUUUAUUUUAUAUAUAGGAUUACCCGUUCUCGCCGAAUUUUUACCUGAAGAAAGGCUAGGUGAAUUAGCAUUUUAUAAUGCCAUUCUACGUCUUUUGCAUGAUCAUUGGGAAAGUGACAAACAGUUACAUCAGUCAACAUCAUUAUUAUUAAAGCUUUAUGUCAAGCAUUUAUCGAAACUUGUUAAUUCUGGCAUAUAUUCGUCAAGUCUACUUACCAUAUCGACCCAUACUCAUCUACAUCUUCCAUUUCAAUGUGUUAAAUUUGGCCGACUGAAUUGGCUAACGAAUUUCGUCUUCGAGAGUUUUCUUGGUUUCUUAAAAGCAUUCGUCAAAGGCUCCUCAGGAGCAGGAAAUCAAAUAGCAUUUGCAUUCAUUUCAAAUUAUUUCUUAGAAAAAACGAAUGGAAACACAAAGUCUCGUUUCGGUCAUUUCUCAAUCAAUGACGAAACGUAUAGUAGUAAUGUCUUAACAAUUGAAUUUGGCAAAUCAAUUACAGAAUUCUUAACUGCAAAUGGACAUGUGUCUGCUACUACAGUUUACUUUUCUCGUGUACAUCAUCUCAAUGUCACUUAUCACUCUUUUCUUUAUUCUCGAAAAGGCUCAACAUGUAGUUAUUUGAUAUCGUACGAGAAAAAUAAUGCACUCCUGUAUGGAUAUAUUCUGUUCUUUUGUUUAACUGAUGGACAGUGUUCAGCUGUUAUCCAAAAAUUAACACAAGUUGAUUUUUCAUUAACCUCUUGUUUUUCAUCAUUUAAAUACCUCACUGCAAUUAAAGGCUUCAUAGAUAAUGUGUAUAUCUUUGUUAAACGUGUAGAACCUUCUCUUGUACAACCUGAUCUUUUUGAUUUUUGUUCUGUAUCUUCUCUUCGUUGCCGUUGUUUAUGUGUUACCUUUCAUGAUGAUCUUAUGAUUCUCACAAAUUACUCCUUUGCAUAUGAACAUAAUUAA